UCUCAGACAAAUUAGAGAGUGAGAGAGAGAAAUGGCUCGGGAGGAAGCGCAGCUGAGCGCGGCCAAGAAGUCGUAUCGAAACGCUAAGGCUACGGGGAACCACGAGGAGGAGGCUCGGUGGGCGAAUGUGAUCGGUGACAUGUUGAAGAAGAGAGGGGAAUACGUGGAGGCCCUCAAGUGGCUGCGUAUCGACUACGACGUCUCCGUCAAGUACUUGCCCCAAAAACAUUGCCUCCCCACUUGUCAGUCACUCGGUGAGCUCUAUCUUCGCCUUGAGUUUUACAAAGAUGCUCUUCUAUAUCAGAAAAAACAUUUAGAGCUCGCUGAGGAUGCCAAUAAUCUCAUUGAGCAGCAAAGGGCCAAUACACAACUAGGUCGUACCUACCAUGAAAUGUUUUUAAGGUCUGACGAUGACCAUUAUUCGGUUCAGAAUGCCAAAAAGUAUUUCAAGUCUGCUAUGAAGCUUGCACAGAUUAUCAAGGAAAAUCCACCUACUAAGAAUUGUUCUUUCCUCAAGGAAUAUAUUGAUGCGCAUAACAAUAUAGGAAUGCUUGAGUUUGACCUUGAUAAUCUGGAAGAGGCUCGAAAAAUCUUAACUAAAGGAUUGGAGAUUUGCGACGAAGAAGAGGUAAUGGCAGACGAUGAUGGGCGCAGCAGGCUCCAUCACAACCUUGGAAAUGUUUACAUGGAGCUAAGGAUGUGGGAUAAUGCUCGGGAACACAUUGAGAAGGACAUUAUGAUAUGUAAAAGAAUUGGCCAUUGCCAAGGGGAGGCAAAGGGCUACAUCAAUCUUGGUGAAUUGCAUUAUCGUAUUCAGAAGUAUGAGGAAGCACUCCUUUGCUACCAAAAAGCACGUGAACUGGCAAAAUCAAUGGAAGAUGAGGAUGCUUUACUCAGGCAAAUUGAUCAAAAUAUUGAAAUUGUAAAUGACGCCAUUAAAGUAAUGGAUGGGCUGAAGAAAGAAGAGCAGAAUCUCAAAAAGCUAACAAGAGACAUGGCCAUUACAAGAGGCACACCGCGUGAGAGGAAGUGUCUGCUGCAGCAAAAUGCUUCUCUUGAUUGCCUCAUCGAGAAAUCAAGGACAAUCUUUGCCUGGCUGAAGCUCCUUGAAUUUGCGAAAAGGAAGAAGAUAAUAGCGAGUGAGCUUUGUGACCAAGAAAAGCUGAGUGAUUCUCUUUUGGUUAUUGGAGAAUCAUACCAGAAGCUAAGAAAGUUCAAGAAAGCCCUUAAGUGGUCCAUGAAGAGUUGGGAAAUAUACAAGUCAAUUGGUAAUUUGGAGGGGCAAGCGUUAACAAAAAUUAAUGUAGGUGAUGUUUUGGACAGUGAUAAUAAUUGGGAAGGAGCACUAGAUGCAUUUGAAGAGAGUUACAGGCUUGCGGUUGAGGCGAACCUUCCUUCUGUACAGCUUAUGGCGCUAGAGAACAUGCACUACAGCCACAUGAUAAGAUUUGACAAUGUUGAAGAGGCCAGGAGAUUGCAGCAUCGAAUCGACAAAUUGAAGCAAUCAAAAUAUAAAGAUCUUCAAACAAAAAAUGUGGCAGAGGAUCACUGCUCUGAAUCUGAUACAGAAGGGAGUGGUCAUCUGUCAGAUAAUAUGUGCAAUGUAUGCGGUUCAUCAGAGAUAAGAAAAUGCAAUUCUAGCAAAUCACAAUCUUUAGCCAGUUCGACCAAAGCUUCACCCAAGGUGAAAUCCGCUCAUUUAGGAAAACAAAAUAUUACAACUGAGACAAAUGUUUCACAAAAAAGUUUGUCUGAACCAAACACUAAUGAGCAGACAGUCGUUGGCCGUAAACGCAUUCGUUUAGUCCUUUCUGAUGAUGAAGAUGAAAUGUAUGAUGAGGUACAAUGCUCAAAAAGCUGGUCUAAAAAACUCCCAUUAGAAGAUGUUGCUACAUCUGAUGAACUGAAGAUUAAAAGAAACACAGCCAGCCCUGCUCGUAAAUUUCAGGAUGUCUCAUCCUAUACCUCAAAUCGUACCACAAGGUCUUGCAAUCCUGUUAAUAUUGAACAAAGCUCUAGUUCAUGCAAAUCCAGGACUCUUAAUGUGGUCGCUCAAAAUGGCAGAGGUUUUGGAGCUUCAAGCUCCGAAGAAGGUUCCAUUGCUGCUAGUGGCUCUAAAUGUGAUAUCAGUUUCCCCGAAAAUCUAGUUAAUAAGAAUCAUGGUGCCCAUCUUAUUUUUCUUACCUCUGAUGAUGAAAACAAUCAAUGCAUUACAGUCAAGAUUGACAAAGACCUAAUACGUUUGGAUAAUGGCUCAUUUAUGGAUUCUGAUAAGUUAAGCAUUGAGUCUGUCAAGGUUGAACUGGCGUGCUUAUACUACUUGCGACUUCCAAUGGAAAGAAGAUCAGAAGGGCUACUUCCAAUAAUACAGAAUAUAAAAUGUGGUGAAAGUGUCAUACAAUCCGUGGAAACAUUUCAAAAGCUUAAGCAGGAUAUGGGGAAAGUCUUGGUUGAAGCUUUCAUUGAUGGAUGGGUCCAAAAGCGCUUGAUAAAACUGUACACUGAUUGCUGCUACAAGUUAUCUGAGACACCUAAUAUGAAAUUGCUUAAGAAACUGUAUGAUCUGGAGUUUUCAGAUGAUGAAGUUACUGUCUCUGAAUGUGAAUUGCAAGAUUUAUCAAUAGCUCCAUUGUUGAAUGCCCUGUAUGCCCACAAAACAUUUGCAAUGCUGGACCUUUCUCACAAUUUGUUAGGAAAUGGUACAAUGGAGAAACUGCAGCAUGUUCUGACAUCAUCAGGCCAAAAUUAUGGUGGGUUAACGUUGGAUUUGCACAGCAACCUAUUUGGUCCAACUUCUUUGUUUCAGAUUUGUGAAUGCCCUUUGCUAUUUUCUCGAUUGGAAGUGCUCAAUAUCUCUGGAAACCGUCUCACUGAUGCAUGUGCCUCUUACCUUUCAACUAUCUUGGAAAAUUGCAAGGCUCUUUGCAGCUUGAGUAUAGAGCGGUGUUCUAUCACAUCUAGAACAAUUCAGAAGGUUUCUGAUGCAUUGAAUGCUUCUUCUGUGCUCGAGCAACUUUGUAUAGGACAUAACAACCCAAUUUCUGGAAGUACCAUCACUGAUUUACUUUCCAAGCUUGGCACUCUGAAAAGAUUUUCAAAAUUAAAUCUGAAUGGUUUGAAGCUAAGCAAGUCUGUAGUUGAUAGCCUUUGCCAGCUUGCUGCAACCUUGCCCUUCUCAGUAUUAAGUCUUGGGGAAACUGGUAUUGGAAUUGAUGGGGCGUUAAGAUUAACUGAGUCAUUGUUCAAUGGAACUGCAGAGUUUCUAAAAUUUGACUUAUCAUAUUGUGGUGUGACAUCUAAUUACGUUCUCAAACUAAGCACUGUUUCUUCUAUGAUUUGUGGCAUUCUUGAGCUGAACCUUUCCGGAAAUCCUAUUAUGCAGGAGGGUAGCCUUGCAUUAUCAUCAAUGCUUUUGAAUUCUCAAUGUUGUCUGAAACUUUUGGUCCUUCAAAAGUGCCGGCUUGGGACUGCUGGAGUUCUUCAAAUAAUGCAGGCAUUAUCAGGUAAUGGUUUUCUCGAAGAGUUGAAUCUAGCUGAUAAUGCCAAUCUUGAUAGACAGAACUCUGCUCAACCGGGGUCAUGCAAUGCGAACACCAACUUAGAUGGGCUUGAAGUUGCUGAUAGUGAAGAUGAUGAAGUAAAAGCUGCUGCAUCUGGACUUGAUGACAACCACACAAGACCGUGCCAAAGAAAUUCCUCAUCUUCUGGAUGUCAGUUUAUUCAAGGGCUUUCAAGUGCCAUUGAUAUGGCAAAGAAUUUACGAUUACUGGACCUUAGCAAUAAUGGUUUCUCCACACAAGACGCGGAUAUACUGUAUUCUUCAUGGUCAAGAUCAAGAUUUGGUUCAGCUCAGAGGCAUAUAAAGGACCAGAUCAUCCAUUUAUUUGUGGAAGGAAUCAAGUGUUGCGUGAAACCCUGCUGCAGAAAGGACUAGUUUUCUUGCUGCUACAUCUUCAUUGAGGGAUUUGCAGGGAGGAUUUGAGGCACUUGGGAAGCUUAAGCUAUUUUUAUUUUAUUUAUGUGUAUAUAUAUUUAUAUUACCCUUCAAUAAGUUCCACUUCCAGCAGACUUCCAGUUGAGUUCCAAUGAAUUUUCUUAAUAAUAUUAAAGUCUUUUAGUUUCGUACCAAA